GAAGAAACUAAGCAAGCAACAAAAAUCAUAACAUAACAAACUCUCAUCUUAACCCCCGCUAAUCUUGUUAUAUCAUGGCGAUAUCGAGGACCCUUCUCUUCGCAAUGGCGAUCGCGGUUUUUGCCGGAUUGGGUGCGCAUCGGGCUCAAGCUCAACUGGGGAGAGCCCUCAUCAGUGGCAUAGUCCCUUGUAGCACUGGGAAUCUGAUCAAUGCAGCUACUGCACCUGUGUUUCCAAAUGCGACGGUGCAGGUCCGUUGCGGAAGCAACGUGCUCGCGAGCACGACGACGGACAGCAACGGAGCGUUCAGCAUAUCGUUGGACCUCGUGAGCUCGCUCCUGUCGGCGCUUAUGAACAGCUGCAACUUGGUGGUGGAAACACCUCUAAUAUCCUGCAACGCCUCUCUCCCUGCGACCGGAGUCCUCCAGUCGGCGCUGCAGCUGCUCCAAGGAGGCCUCAUCGGCGGACUCCUCAGCGGACUCCUCAACCUCGUCCCCUCGAGCUUCUCCUUCAUUCCGCUGCUCGGAUAAUAUUGAACUCUCUAUCAAUUAUUUCUGCGCUUUCUCAAGGACAUCACUGCAAAAUGUAAUCUAGCUAUAUAUAUAUAUAUAUCUAGUUAUGAAUAAUGCACCCUAAGGGUGUUAUUUAUGCGCAUGAUAAUUGAAAUGAAGUUCUCACUAAGCUGGAUGGUGGGAAUAAGUGUAUUUACGUACGUACAUGGCUGUAGCUUGUGUGUAUUUAUUCUGUGCUUCUAUAAAACUCUAUUAUAUAUGUACGUGUUUUAAGUGUUAACCUCGAUCUUGUAUCACUUGGGUGGUUAAUUAAUAUUACA